UUGUUGAUAAAGAAGUGCCACGCAGGCAUAAACCCCUAUUAUUCCGAGCUUCAAUUGCGAGUGCACUGUUUCCCAACGCCGUCACCGCCAUUGUCACUUGGCAGAAAGCUUUGGUUGGAGAUCGAAACGCUGCGUGCAGCUGUGGAGAGUACGAGGGUAGAAGAUGGCUGUUAGAUCCAAGAAAGAGAAAGAACAUCUCAAUCUAGUACUUGGUUCCCACCUCGCCACUAUCCACGAAACCCUCCAGGUUUUGGAUAAAACACCGCCGUCUUCUGCGACCAAAGUUACCUGGGACGAUGUCAUGAAGAUGGGUGACCAAGUUUCUAAACAAGCAACCACAGUGGGAAUGCUUUGGACCGGGGAGCAGCCAGAGUUCAAAGCAAUUGAGGAAAAUAUGGCAUCAUACUUCAACACUCUACAAGGUUUCCUUUUGCUUUCCCAUGGUAGUACAGUUGGUGCGGGGCCUACUCUGUCUUCUGCUGUUCAUGCAUCGGUGAAGCAAGUUGUUGAUUCCAGCUUCAGGUUGAUGAAGGAAACAAUCUCUUUAUAUGGGACCCAUUCUAAAGACCAGAAACUAUCAGUACCACAAUUGGUUGGUCCUGUAUGGGAAGCAUGUUCUGCCCUUAAAAAGACUCCUUCGACAAAUGUUACAGCAAUUGGGCGAGGAAUGACGCAGGUUGCUGUUUCAGUGAAGGAUGUUCUUCGUGAGAUGAAAGAAUUGAAGCCUGCUUCAUCCAAUGAUCAAGUUGACAAAACUUCCGGUGAGAGUUGUCUAGAAGCAGCGUCAGAGCCCCAUGAUGGUAAUUCAAGUGAAGAUGAUAUAGGGAACGACUUGUCGCCUGAAGAAAUGGAAGUGGCUGAAAGAGCAAUUGAGGUGGUCUCUGAUACACUUUCAUUUAUAAAAGUACUCAUUCACUCCAUCAUUGGCUUGCUUAAGGUGGAAAAACCAAGUGACAACAGCAAUUUUGUAAAUUCGAUGGAGAAAUUGUUGCAAUUGUGUCAGGAACUUGGUCGACAGAUUGAUGAGAUUGGGGCAUGCCUUUAUCCCCCGCAAGAGAUUCCUGCCAUAAAGGCAGGUUCGGAGAAAAUCCUCAGCAUUAUUGAUACUGUGCAAGGGGAGGUAGAAGAACUUUUAGGCUCAUCAGAUGUGUUUAUGGAGCCAUGCAAUGGCUUGAGGAGUUCACUGAGACAGCUUGCAUCUGAACUAAGUAAUCAUAGUAUUGCUGAUGAAGCAGCCAGACUGAAAAAUAUAACAUUAACCGAUAAGUAGCUCUGACAUUAGCCAGUUGCACUAAAUUAGUUAUUAUUUGGGUGGGGGAAUGUGUUCAAUGAAUUUGACGUUGCAGAACUUCUGAAAAUGAUCA